CCCCGCCCCCGCUCCCGUCGGCGGGGCCCGGAACCCACUGUGCCGUCACCUCCCUUUUUCGACGCCUCCGCCGCCGCCUGAGGAGGCGAGCUCGCCGGGAGUUAACACCGCCACCGCCAGGAUGGAUAGAAUGACAGAAGAUGCUCUUCGCCUGAACCUGUUGAAGCGGAGCUUGGACCCAGCGGAUGAGCGAGAUGAUGUCCUGGCUAAGCGACUCAAAAUGGAGGGGCAUGAGGCCAUGGAACGCCUGAAAAUGCUGGCACUGCUUAAACGGAAGGAUCUGGCGAACCUUGAGGUGCCACACGAGUUGCCCACCAAGCAGGAUGGCAGUGGUGUCAAGGGAUAUGAAGAGAAGCUCAAUGGGAAUCUCAGGCCUCAUGGAGACAACAGGACUGCUGGAAGGCCCGGCAAAGAAAACAUCAGUGACGAGCCUGUGGAUAUGAGUGCGAGGCGGAGUGAGCCAGACCGAGGAAGACUGACUCCCUCCCCAGACAUCAUUGUUUUAUCUGAUAAUGAGGCUUCCAGUCCCCGUUCCAGCUCCCGAAUGGAAGAAAGACUCAAAGCAGCCAACCUAGAGAUGUUUAAGGGGAAAGGUGUGGAGGAACGGCAGCAGCUCAUCAAGCAGCUGAGGGAUGAGCUGCGAUUGGAGGAAGCCCGGCUGGUGCUGUUAAAGAAACUGAGGCAGAGCCAGCUACAGAAAGAGAACGUGGUCCAGAAGACCCCAGUUGUGCAGAAUGCAGCAUCCAUCGUUCAGCCGUCUCCUGCCCAUGGGGGACAGCAGGGCCUAUCCAAGCUUCCCUCCCGGCCUGGGGCCCAAGGGGUUGAACCACAGAGUCUGAGAACAUUACAGGGUCACAGUGUCAUCCGUUCAGCGACCACUACCACCCUCCCACAUAUGUUGAUGUCUCAACGUGUUAUUGCACCAAACCCAGCCCAGCUACAGGGUCAGCGGGGCCCACCCAAGCCAGGCCUUGUACGCACCACAACACCCAACAUGAAUCCUGCCAUCAACUACCAACCGCAGUCGAGUUCUUCUGUUCCCUGCCAGCGCACAGCAUCCUCUGCCAUCUAUAUGAACCUUGCCUCCCACAUCCAGCCAGGGACCGUGAACAGAGUGUCCUCACCACUUCCUAGCCCCAGCGCCAUGACUGAUGCUGCCAACUCCCAGGCUGCAGCCAAAUUGGCUCUUCGCAAACAGCUGGAAAAGACACUCCUGGAGAUUCCACCCCCUAAACCUCCCGCUCCCUUGCUUCACUUCCUGCCUAGUGCAGCCAAUAGCGAGUUCAUCUACAUGGUGGGCUUGGAAGAAGUUGUACAGAGUGUCAUCGACAGCCAAGGCAAGAGCUGUGCCUCACUCCUGCGGGUUGAACCCUUUGUCUGUGCCCAGUGCCGCACAGAUUUCACGCCCCACUGGAAGCAGGAGAAGAAUGGCAAGAUUCUGUGCGAGCAAUGUAUGACCUCCAACCAGAAGAAGGCUCUAAAGGCUGAACACACCAACCGGCUGAAAAAUGCUUUUGUUAAAGCCCUACAGCAGGAACAGGAAAUUGAACAGCGACUCCAGCAGCAGGCAGCCCUCUCCCCCACUGCGGCUCCAGCCGUGUCCAGUGUCAGUAAACAAGACACCAUAAUGAGACAUCAUACGCUUCGGCAGGCUCCACAGCCCCAGAGCAGCCUGCAGCGUGGCAUACCCACCUCUGCCCGUUCCAUGCUUUCCAACUUUGCGCAGGCGCCCCAGCUCUCUGUGCCCGGUGGCCUCCUCGGGAUGCCAGGUGUCAACAUCGCGUACUUGAACACCGGCAUUGGAGGACACAAAGCUCCCAGUUUGGCAGACCGACAGCGGGAGUACCUUUUAGACAUGAUCCCUCCCCGGUCUAUAGCGCAGUCCAUCAGCGGGCAGAAAUAACGCCCGCCCCUCGUGCUGCCCAGCCUCGAACCCUCUGCCCCCUCCCGUCGCCCCGAACGUCCGUCGCAUGCAGUGCCUGUGCUGGUGCCUACCAUACACGGAAAACAAAACCGAAACAGAAGACGACCCUAGAAACCGACAGGAAAACGCGCGCCUGCCCCACCGCCCCUUCCUCCCACUGCUGCGAUCCUGCUGCUCUUGUCUUCUCUCCAGCUUCCGCUCACAGUGAGGUGCUCUUCGCCUCUGGUAGAGGUCAGAGUGAGGUCCUGGGGAGACAUCUAAGCCCUCUGACGCGUGUUUCUAAAGUUUUUAUGCUAUAAUUAUUGUCAUUUUUAACGAUGUUGUGUGUCCUCCCUUUGUUCAGUGGACGGUUAAACCUUUUUAUUUUCCCUCAGUAUUUUUCUUUUUCUCUUUUCUUUUGCCUUUUUUUUUUUUUUUUUUUUAACACAGAUGACGUUCAGAUAAAUGACAGGAGCAUUGCAGGGGGUUCCCCAAUGGGACGUGACUGGGAGUGUUGGGGGCAGAAAUUUUUAAUGCACUUAACCUGGGGUGGGGUGUUGGCAUCAAACAGAGGACGUCAGCCCUGGGUGUUUCUGGUCUGGACAGUCUGGGAGGCAGUGUUCAUACUGAAGUUGGGCUCUGAGAAUGAGGGGAAAGAUCCUGGAGGGAGAAGCUUUAAUCCACAGAGAAGGGGGCAGGGACAUAUGAGGACAAGCCAAGAGGAACGGAGGCUGGUCUUGGCCUCCUGGAUGCUCUCCUGGUCCCAGUGGAGAUGGAAGUCUCUUCCAGGUCAACUAGCCCAAAAUCAUUUCAUCUUACUUGCUUUGUAAAAUUCUGCCCCUCCCCCCUGCCUUUUUAAUCCUAAUCUGCUCCUGGCAAGAGGGAAGCGCAGCCCCGUUGUAACUGAGUUAGCUGGUGUCCUAGAAGUGAGACAGAGGAGGGAAGAGAUAGACUGGGGGUGGGGGUGGGGAGACGAAGGGCUUUGUCUCCCAGCAGGUGAGACCCCAUCUGUCCUUCCCUCCACCCUGGGUGCCAGGUGCCAGGAGGGGAGGGCAGGGAGGCCUGACCAGCUCGGAGUCCGGCACUAAGUGCAGUACCAGCUGCCCAGAACCAGACACCUCUCGUUAAAACCAGCUCUGCACCUCUGUGCAAAGUAGCUGUUGUCGCCCCCCCCCCCCCCAGAACUCUAUUAAUUUUCCUUUUGUGUUGUUUUCAGCUUUUUCUUAAGAGCUACUAAUGUAGAGAAUGAACUGAAUUGUGCAAUGUUGCUGUUCUGGGGUCAGGGGAGGUUAGCAUCCCAUCUGCCCACACCCUGGGGGCGGGGGGCAGGGACCAGGCUGGUUUGAGGUAAGGGAAGCCCCUUCAAGGUGGGGGUUUCUGCUCUCCUGUAAUGUUCACUCACCUGCCUGUGCCGCUCUAGAAGCUGCCAGAGUGUGGGGAAGGGGGGAAGGGUUACUUGGAGCAGAGAGGUGUGAAGACGAGUUUGCCCUUGAAAGCCACCUGGAAAAAUUCCCCCACUUUUAUGUUAAGAAAUUAAAUAAUUUUUUAAAGUAAGAAGGCACUUUUAAAAUUAACACACACACACACACACACACACA